GGAUUCACAGAGAAAAAACUUUUAUACUUACACUAAAUAAUAAGUGCGAAUACAUGGUCCAAUAAUGACUGACUUUAGCAUUGCCAAGUUUGACAACUACCAGGAGUAUCUGCACUCCUUCACCACCGUCGAGGACUUUCGGUACUUGCCCUCUUACAAAACAGUCACAACCCUCACGAAACUUGGCUAUCGGGAGCACCGCAGUUUCUAUGAGGAGGACGAGUUCCUGAAUGUAAAGAAGCAGGUGGAACAGCUGCUGAAUCCAACGGUUUCCGCGCAGAUAUACUAUAGUCAGUAUUUCAAAGGAGCGGAUCCAGCUCUUUGGGCCUUGGCAGAACGUGAGCAUGUCAAUGUCCAGCAGGAGAUAUCGACCAUUAUCUUUCUGGAAAUAAGUGGCAGAAGCGGUUUCUCCAAGUCUGGCUACAUCGACUUUGAAGCAAGUCUGCGAAACUGUAGGUUCAAAGGACCUAAUGCCGUCGAUUGGCGGGCAGUUUUCGAGGAGCGAAAGAUGCUGCAACCCCAGCCAAGCGAUAUAGUCUUCUACGAUUGGAGAACCAGGAAGAUCUUUGCGAAUGACAACGACAAUUACACAGUUGUAGCUCAUCCGGAACAUGGUCUAAUGUUUACUCACAAGGGCGAUCACAAGAACAUUCCGGUCACCACCAAAAAGAAUCCCUUUGGUAGCAACGUAAGGCGUUCAAUGAUCAGGUCCGAACUGUACGGCUUUAUUAUAUUGUAUGACCAUCAUGUCCGUAAGAAGACUUAACUGGGUUUGCACUCGUGUUGUUUUAAAUAUAAUUUUACAUAUCGCAA